AUGAAGGAGAUAAUAGGAGGUCCAGGGACAGUGAGUGGUUUAUUAUUGAGAAUAGGACAAUGCUGUUUUGCUGCUGCUUCUCUUUCAAUCAUGGCCUCUGCCAUUGGCUUCUCUAGUUACACUUCUUUCUGCUAUUUGAUUGCAUCAAUGGGGCUUCAAUUUUUGUGGAGCUUUGGACUUGCUUGUCUUGACAUUUAUGCUUUGAGGGGAAAGAAAGAUCUCCAAAAUCCUGUCUUAGUGAGUCUGUUUGUUGUAGGCGAUUGGGUAACAGCUAUGUUAUCACUUGCAGCUGCAUGCUCAUCAGCAGGAGUUGUUAUUCUUUAUGCAAGGGACUUGAACUUUUGCAAGAUCCAUCCAGAUCUUCCAUGUAGCAGGUAUGAGAUUUCCAUACUCUUGGCGUUCAUCACCUGGCUUCAAGUCAGUAUAUCAUCUCAUGUGAUGUUGUGGAUCCUAGCCUCGGUGUAG